CAGACAGACACAUCCGAAAGGGGCRAAUAAGCUUGGAGAGACAUCCAGCUGAAGCAUCCAAGAUUCAAUCCUCAACCAGGCGGAGGCAAUAAAUCAUCUAAAAUCUCCAGAGAAGAUGCCUUUCUGUAGCGUGCUGGAAAAAAGAAACGGAGUGGUGAUGGGAGGUGAGCUGACCUGCAGCGUUCGGGAGGAGAACAAGGCAAAAAGGGAGAGCUACAGCGCCGAUUGGCACAGUGUUCAUCUCAAGACUCAAYCGCAGGACAGUCAGACCAUGAACAUGAUCGACGACUCCCGCAGAGAGACCAUGUCCCGGCAGUGGCAGAGCCGCUCUCUGAUUCAGACCUGCCCAUCUGGAGUCUUCAGGGUGGGCACCGUGGAAAGAGGGGUGAGGGAGCACCAGCUGCUGCCCAAGAGAAACACACUCCCCUUGCCCAUYUUUACCCCCGCAGAGCUGGGCGUCAGGCUGGGACGCGGGGCCCCACACACRGAGCAGGACCUGCUGCCCUUCCCAGCACCAGACGGAGUCUGUCCCAGCAAGAGGAGCGUGGACGAGAUCACCAGAGACCUCCCUCCCGUCAAGCCGACCCUCAUGGAGUUCGCCAAAGCACCCAAAGCGCUCGGUCGCUCCAUGUCCCAGGAAGCCCAAAGAGGCUGAGGGAAAACAGACAAAASAAGAAGAUGGGAUGUUAGGCAGAGACAGAUGGGUUAACCAAUGGGUUAGAGAUUUCACACAGCAGAACAUGUUAGAAAGGAUUAGACCAACAUGUACAUAGAUAGACCCAAGGCUAGUGRCAUCGAGAAAGUAACCCCAAACCUUUAGUACUACUAAUGUCACGUUUGAUCAAAGCUGGAGUUAGUUGUUCUCUGGAGUUGCAUGUUUAUGUGAAGGUAUUUGCAUUGUGAUAGAGAAGGAGGUGUUAUCAGCUGCACCAUGAGUUUAUCAUUGCCUCUACUGGCCAGCUGUGUACGCCCGAAACACUGAUAUUCAGUGUGAUGUUUGCACUAUGCACUUUUGUUUUGAAAAGUGCAAAUUUAAUAGACAAAAAAAAAUAUCAAUGGAUUAAGCCUGUUUUAUCUGAUAAAAAAAAAGACAGAAACUCAUGUGUGGAAAACAUAUUCAUGUACAAAAGGGGGAACGUGUGAUGGAAAGAGAAAGGGUAAGAGGUGUGAGGAGGGAGGAAACAUGUCAUCAAGAGUUGGUUUCCCUCCAGGAAUCCAGAAUCUUCUGCCAACCUUUGAUCCGAGCGGAGAGAAGAGAAUGUACUGGCACGGUCGCACACUGUUGGUGUACAAAUGUUUAUGUUUGUGUGUGUGUGGAUACACUCGAUCAAAAUAAGCUAGAAAAAUCCUAAUCCUUUUUAUUGUCUGRGACGCAUUCUUAGUUGAUUUAAUAGAUGAUCAGCCACAGUUUGCAGUGAGCAAGUUUGGACAUGCGAAUGAUAUUGAAUUUGUGUAAAGUGCUUUUUUUUUCUUAGAGAUGUAUUAUUUUUAAUAUCAAAAAUUAAAGUGUGUUAUUAUUCUAUAUGCMCAGAAACAAAUAAAACUUUAAAAUAC